GUCCUGUCUCAAACGAUGGGAUAUGGAUUAAUACCGUCUGUUUGUGUUUAUUUAUUAAGGCCGCUCUAAUUAUGAAAUCUACUGCUAGAUGUAAUUUGUACAUACACAUAUAAGUUUUUAUUUAAUCAUUUGCAUAUGUUAAGGAUUUUACAGUGACCAGCUCUUAGCGCACUAAUUCUUAAACCCUCAACGCGUCAUCUACAGCAAGUUGAACACCUUCAACAUGUUGACGAGACUUUUCAGAAUCCAUGGCUUAUUCGUGGCCUCCCAUCCUUGGGAAGUCAUUGUGGCUACUGUGACCCUCACAAUCUGCAUGAUGUCUAUGAAUAUGUUCACUGGCAAUAACCAGAUUUGUGGCUGGAACUUUGAUUGCCCCAAAUUAGAGGAGCAGCAAAUCCUAAGCAGUGAUAUCAUCAUCCUGACAAUCACAAGAUGCAUAGCAAUUGUAUAUAUUUACUUUCAAUUCCAAAAUCUUCGGCAAAUAGGGUCCAAAUAUAUAUUGGGCAUUGCAGGACUUUUCACAAUUUUCUCCAGUUUUGUGUUCAGCACGGUUGUGAUUCACUUCCUGGACAAGGAGCUUACAGGCCUCAAUGAGGCAUUGCCCUUCUUUCUACUGUUGACUGAUCUCUCCAAAGCGUGCGCUCUGGCCAAAUUUGCUUUGAGUUCAAACUCACAGGAUGAGGUGAGAGAGAAUAUUGCCAAAGGAAUGGCUGUCUUGGGGCCCACUUUUACUCUUGAUGCUCUUGUGGAGUGCCUGGUGAUUGGCGUUGGUACGAUGUCAGGUGUCCGGCAGCUUGAGAUCAUGUGCUGCUUUGGUUGCAUGUCUGUCCUGGCCAACUACUUUGUGUUCAUGACUUUCUUCCCAGCCUGUGUCUCUCUUGUGCUGGAGUUGUCCAGAGAGAGCAGAGAGGGACAGCCUAUCUGGCAGUUGAGUCACUUUUCUAGAGUUUUGGAGGAAGAAGAGGACAACAAGCCAAACCCUGUCACACAAAGGGUUAAAAUGAUCAUGUCUCUUGGCCUGAUGAUGGUUCAUGCCCAUAGUCGGUGGAUUGCUGAUCCAGCGUCAAGUAACGGAACUCUUGAUAUUCCACAAGUUGGAGUGAGCCUGAAUGACAAUAUGCCCAAGAGGAUUGAGCCAGACAUGCCCCUGUGGCAUUUUUAUCUGUCCAGGAUGAUCAGCAUGGACAUCGAGCAGGUGAUCACAUUGAGCCUCGCCCUGUUCCUUGCCGUCAAGUACAUUUUCUUUGAGCAGGUGGAGAUGGAGUCUACCCUGUCCUUGAAAGUCCCUACUCCAGGCUCCUUGCUGGCUCAGAAAUGGUCUCCUGACCAGUGCUGCAGAAAGGAGGUUCCCUCUUCCAGCAAGCCUGAAAAACUCCCAACUCCCCAUCCUGUUGUUACCAAAGAGGAACGAGAUUUAGUGAUUCGACCUCUGCCUGCCCUAAAGGAGCCUGAACAUAAAAGCACUUUUGUAGUGGGAGAGGAUGAAAUUCAGGAAAACGCAGAAGUGUUGGAGUCUGAGAUCAAUGUACCUGCUGAACCCAGACCUGUGGAAGACUGUCUGUCCAUUCUAAAAAAAACAGACAUGGGUGCUCGGUACCUCAGUGAUAAAGAGGUGAUUGUGUUGGUAAACUCAAAGCACAUCCCAGCUUACAAACUGGAGGCCAUGAUGGAAACCCCUGAGAGAGGGGUGAUGAUCCGUAGGAAAAUGCUCACCUCCAAACUCCUGGAGGCCUCAGCUCUCUCCUGCCUGCCCUAUAAAGACUACGACUACUCUAAGGUGAUGGGAACAUGUUGCGAGAAUGUUAUUGGUUACAUGCCAGUUCCUGUGGGGGUGGCUGGUCCACUGUUAUUGGACGGAAAGCAGUUUCAGGUCCCCAUGGCAACAACUGAGGGCUGCCUAGUUGCCAGCACAAACAGAGGCUGCAGAGCUAUAGCUUUGGCCGGGGGUGCCAGUAGCCGUGUUCUUGCAGAUGGAAUGACCCGAGGGCCGGUGGUGCGUUUGCCUUCUGCCUGUCAAGCAGCUGAAGUCAAGGCCUGGCUGGAGAGCCCUGAGGGCUUCAAGUGCAUCAAAGAGGCCUUUGACCAAACCAGCAGGUUUGCACGACUAGAGAAGCUUCUGAUUGGUCUUGCAAGUCGCAACCUGUACAUUCGAUUCCAGUCCAGAACUGGAGAUGCAAUGGGGAUGAACAUGAUCUCCAAAGGCACAGAACAGGCUCUCACCAGGCUGAAGGAGGAAUUUCCAGAGCUGCAAGUCUUGGCCAUUAGUGGAAACUAUUGUACUGACAAGAAACCAGCCGCCAUCAACUGGAUUGAGGGAAGGGGCAAGUCUGUGGUUUGUGAAACCACCAUACCAGCCAGUGUUGUCAAAGAGGUUUUGAAGACGACAAGUGAGGCUCUGGUAGAUGUAAACAUAAGUAAGAACUUGGUUGGAUCCGCUAUGGCUGGAAGCAUCGGGGGUUAUAAUGCUCACGCCGCCAACAUCGUAGCUGCCAUCUAUAUUGCAUGUGGACAGGAUCCAGCUCAGACAGUGGGCAGCUCCAAUUGUAUCACUUUAAUGGAAGCCUCAGGUCCCACAGGGGAGGAUCUCUAUAUCAGCUGUACUAUGCCCUCCAUUGAGCUGGGCACUGUUGGAGGGGGCACUAACCUUCCUCCCCAGCAAGCUUGUUUACAGAUGUUAGGUGUGCUGGGUGCUUGUCAGGAGUGCCCGGGUGAGAAUGCCAGACAGCUUGCCAAGGUGGUGUGUGCUACUGUGCUCGCAGGGGAGCUGUCACUCAUGUCUGCACUUGCUGCUGGACACCUGGUAAAAAGUCACAUGACACAUAACAGAUCAAAAGUGAAUUUGCAAGAAGCUCCUAGAACAUGCACUAAGCAAGCAUCUUGAGACUGUUUGAAGAUGCAAAAGAGCCAUAAACAAAGAGGAUCUCUACAUCAAGGGACAAAUGAAUAUUAAUUUAGAUUACUUUCAAGGACAACAAAGAAAUACAGAAUUCUGAUUGUUUCUUGGUUCCCAUGUCCUGCUAAAGAACUUCAGGCAUGUUUUCAAGGUUAAACUGUUAAAAUAAAAGACUGGAGUCAAGACCAGCUCUGUGCAAAAGCCUAGAGCAAGUGUUUCUAAAUAACUUCUGAGUAUCAUACCCGUUUUCAAGCCUAAUAUUGCUAUAUAGAGCAAAUCUGAUUUUAUAUCCACUGCAACCUGUACUUAAAGAUACAGAAGUCAUUGAGUAUAGGCCAGCAUCUGACAUACCAUUGUAUAUCAUGAACAGUGUUGGGUGUAAUUGGAUUACAAAGUAAUUCGUUACUGCAAUCUAAUUACUUUAGGCACAAAAAAGCAGUUUAAUACAUUACAAUUUAAAUUCUUGUAAUCAGAUUACAGUUACUGACUAUAAAUGAAAGUAAUUACUUUUAAGUUCAUUACUUGGGUUACAAAUAUUUAAAAAAAAAAAUGUAUGUGUAAUACAAUUAAAAUGUGAAUUAAUAUGUUCAUAUGUACAUCUGUUUGCGUUUCUGUGACAUCUGAAGGGUCUGCAACAAUGAACAAGGAGAAAAUAGAAUUUGAAUUUGUUGAGCAGAAAAACUAAAAAAUGUUUGACAAGCGUUUUAGAAUGUAACUUAAAAGUAAUUAGUAAUGUGAUUACCUUUUUGGCAAAGUAAUCAGUAAAGUAAUCUGAUUAUAAUUUUAGAGAAGUAGUUAGUAAUUUGAGUGGAUUUCUUUUUUUGUAACUUACCCAACACUGAUCAUGAAACCAAUGUAGUUCUUUCCACCUUUAAGGUCUGCCGGAUGUGUUAAAGCAAAGUUAUACAUUUUUCACCUCUGAUUAUUUAAUGAUGACAGCAUAGAGGAGAAUAUUUUUGCAUGCCAACUUGCAGGAAACAGAAACUAGAAACAGGUCAAAUGUAAUCUUCAUUGCACUUAUAUGCUUCUUUAUAUAAAAAAUUUAUAUAAAAAAGAAUAGUUUAGGACAGUACCAAUACAGAGGAGUUUACAGUACUAUGAAGUUGGUACACAAGUGGAUUACAGAACAACUAUAAUAUUGCUAAAGUCAGCCCUCUGCAGCCACCCCCAAGGUUCUUGUGUCAGAACGUACAUUCAUUUUUUUUUAAUGACACAGGAAUGAACUGACAGUGACUUAUGUAACAUGUCUGAAAGGGGUAGUGCUGAGGCGUGACAGGACAAAACAUUUCAUAAAGGUGCUAUCUACCACAUGAUGUUUCAGUACAUUGUUCAUUUAGAUAUUUAUUUUGUGUUGGCUUUUACUCAUUCGGUUUUGCUGUUCAUGUCAUGGGAAAAAAAUGGAAUACCUGUUCUUGUUUAGCCAUGAGGAAAUUGAAAGGGCACUAGCUAUUUUUAUCAAAGGCACAAUUCAAAUGAUUAGAUACAAAAUAAAAAGCAAGUUUUGUAUAUUUUUUGUAUUAAAAACAUUUGUAAUGCA